AUGGCGUCUCCUUCCCCGAGCCGCUCGAUCCUCUCGCGUACCUUUGCAAAGCGUGAGGGCAGUGGCAGCGUGGACACUAAGGACUCGAAGGGUGCACUAGGACUGGACACUCUAUGCGAGUCAACUGAGCCAGUUAUUGCCGACCUGGUGUUUGUUCAUGGUUUAGGAGGUGGAUCCCGUAGUACCUGGAAAUCGGCGGAAGGAUCUCUCUUUUGGCCACAAGCAUGGCUUCCACACGACGAAGGCUUCCAAGGUGUUCGAAUACACACCUUUGGAUACAGCUCGAAUUGGGAGAAGGAGAGCAUAUUGAAUAUUCACGACUUUGCGAAAGCGCUUCUUGGAUCAAUUCAUGACUGCCCCCACAUCCCACGGAGUUCUAAGAAAGCCUUCGUUCUUGCCCAACAGUUUCCCGAAUUCUCCUCGAUUGCCGAGCGUGUCCGCGCCAUCUUCUUCCUUGCGACUCCUCAUAGAGGUUCUGAUUUGGCCGCUCUAUUAAGUCGGAUAUUACAUCUAGCUCAUGGCGCAAGACCAUUUGUGCAAGAUCUACAUCGUAAUUCUAUCGCCACGCAAUCUACCAACGACGAGUUUUCCCAUGCCUGCCAAGAUUUACAGCUUUUCUCGUUCUAUGAGACUCUACCAAUAUAUUGUGGUCUUGGAAAAGGUCUUGUGGUGGACAAAGAUUCAGCUGUACUAGGAUUGUCAAACGAACGGACAGCGUACAUGAACGCAAAUCAUCGCGAGAUCUGCAAGUACAGUGAUAAGUCUGACCCAAAUUACCAAACGCUUCGUAACGCCAUUGCUUCGUAUAUUGAUUGCCUUCGAGAUGAGCAAGAUCCCGUUGGGGACGAAGUCGAAUUGGAAAAGCGCAAUCUUCUCGACGAUCUACUUGACAUUACUGAUGCUGUUGAGGACGACUUUCAUGGGGCCGAAGCCCGACGGAUGUCUGGAUCUUGCGAAUGGUUGGAGACCAAGAAGGCUUUUCAGUAUUGGCUCGACGAGUCUGCCAAUGCACAUAUCUAUUGGAUCAGUGCGAAGCCGGCAACAGGGAAAACAGUACUUUCUGGAUACGUUGUCAGGCGCCUGAAAGAUUUGGGCAAAGAGUGUAGCUUUCAUUUCUUUGACCACGGCGAUAAGAUGAAAGCAACGACCGGGUUUUUGCUACGAUCGAUGGCCUGGCAGAUGGCAAUGCAGAACACCGAAGUCUUGGCCAUUGUCAUCGAGAUCUGCAGAAAGAACGACCGACUUGCUCACGCAGACUAUCGCACGCUCUGGCGCAAAUUGUAUGUUGACGGGAUACUAAAGGUAAAAUUCAAUGGUCCUACCUAUUGGGUCAUAGACGCCUUGGAUGAAUGUAAAAAUGAUUCCGAGCUUAUUCCAUUACUCAUGAAGGUGUGCGAACUGCUCCACGUGCGCAUCGUAGUGACGUCUCGAAUGAGUUACGAAUCGUAUGGAUCCAUGAUACCCUCAAAAUCAAAAAUAUCCAUGGAUCAAAUCUCGGAGGAUGACACCAAGAUGGACAUCUCACUAUAUUUAGAAGCAAAUCUGAGUUGUCUUCCAACAGUUGAUCAGGACGAUCGUCAGAACACGCUUACGACGAUCCUGGAGAAGUCCGCUGGAUGCUUCCUGUGGGUCCGACUUGUUCUGAAAGAGUUGCAGCAGGUCCAUACCGCAGCCGAGGUUUUCAAUGUACUUGAGGAGGUGCCUUCAGAUAUGGACUCCCUAUAUUCUAGGAUACUUGACUCAAUGUCAGAAUCGCCAUAUGGUAAGACACUUGGAAAGGCAAUACUCGUUUGGACUGUAUGUUCCGCCCGACCUUUGUUAACCGAGGAACUAUAUCAUGCUCUCCAGCUCGACAUUAAAACUGGAAUAGAUAGGAUUGAAAAAUCUAUCGCUGCUUGUUGUGGCGAGUUAGUGUAUGUGGAUACUAAGUUGCGCGUGCACAUGGUGCAUCAGACCGCCAGAGACUUCUUACUUCGAAAUGACAUUGAUUCCGAGUUCGCGGUAAAUAAGAAAACGGGCCAUAAGCGUUUGACAAUGGUUUCUCUGCAAUACCUUUAUGGUAAUGAGAUGAAAGAUCUGCGACAGCGCAAGCUCAGUCUCAAUAACGUCGGGAAGACACGGUCUGCGUUCUCCACUUACGCAUGUAGCGCACUUCAUCAACAUAUACAUCAAGUCUCUUCUUCAGACGACGAGGUGUUCUUAGAGAUUGCGCAAUUUUUAAAUUCGCCGAAUGUUCUUUCCUGGAUUGAGCACCUAGCACGCAUUCCAGACCUGGGUUGUAUUGUUCAGACAGGAAGGUCUUUGAGACACUAUCUUCGCCGGAGGUCAAGAACAGUCUCGCCUUUUGGAAAGGAUUUUGCUACCUUGGAUUCCUGGGCUACAGACUUUGUUCGACUCGUAGCAAAGUUUGGGAGAAAUUUGUUAGACUCACCCUCAUCGAUUUAUCACCAUAUACCGCCUUUCUGCCCAGCUGAGAGCGCUCUCAAGACGCGAUUCGCGGCCUCAGGACGGGGUCUGAAUGUUCUUGGCCUCUCCACCCUGGCCUGGGAUGAUUGUCUAGCCACUUUAAGUCGUCCAGGUGAACAAUUGGCCGCACUGACUUGCAGUGACAAUUACUUCGCCAUUGGAGCAUCCAGUGGGUGCUUCAUCAUUUAUCACAACGUGACUUGUCAGGAGAUAAAAUCUUUGAAUCAUACAGAACCAGUCAGGACGUUGAGAUUUGGCCUGAAAGAGUGCGUGAUCGCGUCUGCGGGCAUGAAGACAAUUCAAUUAUGGGAUGUUGGAUUAUGGCAUCAACUUUGGCGCUUCGACAUUACAGCGGACUGUCUGACAUUGAAUUUCACCGACGAGGAUAGACUUCUGCUGGGAGCCCUACGAAACAAUCAAUUCAUGAUAUGGGACCUUACGACUGGCUUUGUGAGCGACUCCGCAGACUGGACCGAGGACGAAGAAGGUCAUCAAAACCACGCUUAUCGUCGGCCCAUCGCUGCCGCAAUAUACUUAGAAACCAGUCUCUUGGCAGUAGUGUAUAGAGGUCAGGACAUAGUGAUCUGGGAUAUUGAGAGGAAUACACUUUACGACACGUACAGCAAGGACAGAGGUGCAAAUAACAACUCUCCAGUUGUCAGACGAGUCAAGAAUUUCGUCACGGGUGGUCUGGCCUUCAGCGCUGAUCCUAGUGCAACGCUCCUCGCUGCCUCCUACUCAGAUGGCGAUUUGGUAAUUUUUGAUAUCGAUGCAGGUACUGUGAAGGAGACUACAAAGGCGAAUGCGCAGAUUCUUAUUAGCUCUCCCAACGGACGUACACUAGCGGCGGCUGAUUCAGUAGGCACACUUCAUCUUUUUGAUUUCGAAACGCUUAGGCUAUUGUGUUGCGUGAGAUCUGACGAGUCCAGCAUCAGAUCAUUAGCAUUUAGCGCAGACGGUAGUCGAAUACUGGAAACUAGAGGUUCUGAAUGCAGAAUCUGGGAUCCGCCAGCUCUUCUUCGACAGGAUGAGGACGAGGAGAAUAGCGAUACAAUCUCUGUCUUCACAACCCCACAAGAGAUUGAGUUGGAUUCAUCCGAAGAAGUCGUCAUGAUCUCAGCUUUGACUUGCCAUAUUGACGGUACAGUCAUAUUCUGCGGCAGGGCAGAUGGAACGAUAUGUCUUUUUGACACCCAGUCUGGGCUGGAGACUCAGAAGCUACUCAGUCAUGCAAAAGGAGUCCCUAUCGUUGCGCUUAUGUUUCAUGAAAGUAGCCAGAUUCUAAGUAGUGUGGAUGCCUCCAGUCGGCUAAUGAGUCAUGUAAUAGUCCCUAAACAAGGGACUUGGGAGGCUAGCAAAGUCUCGGUCGAUUAUAGAAUUGGAGUGGCAGUUGAAGGUGUAUUGAGUAACGAGCAAGGAACACGAGUGCUAGUGUCGUCGGCCAGCAAAGACGUUCUUUUGAAGAUUUCGCUUGAUGAAACCCCGCCAUUGAGAAGUCUUGAGAGGACAGAGCAUCUGCCGCACAGAUGGUUGAAUGAUCCGGCCGAUCCAGACUCCCUCUUAAUGAUAAGUAAUAAUAGGGCAUUCAUCUAUGGGUGGGACAGCCUCGAGAGACGUACAAUCGCCGAGGGCAUACAGAUCGGUGGCACAAUGCUUCACGGACACUCAAUAGAGUCUAUCACGCCUUGCAUUCAAGAUAAGUACCUUGCAACCACCUUCAAAGAGCUCUCAGGGUUCCUGUCUACGUCGAAAAAGCUUGUAUUAUGGAGAAGAUCUGUUCUGACCGCCCAGGCUUUGAAGGUCGCUGCUGAUCCAACGAGUGAUAUAAUCAUCGAUGCAAUACGGUCUCUGAUCGGGUGUUUGGGGCAUCGACUGAUAUAUCUCCAUCAGGAUGGCUGGGUCUGCUCAAUGAAUCUCUCGAGACCUGCUGUUGAACAUCAUGUUCGCCACUUCUUCAUUCCUGCCGACUGGAUGAGCACUAGUACCGAGCUGAUGGUUGAUGUGACGAGUAAAGGAGACAUAGUUUUCGGCAAAAAGCAUGAGCUUGCUAUCAUCAAGCGUGGUCUCGAGGUUAAUGAGCAACGGCCUGCUUCUGGGGGUAAGAGGCUCCUGGAGACUGGAGCAAGGAGACCGCCAUUGAGGAUGACAAAAAGCCAACAGUCUGGAGAAAAGCUUGAUUUGCCGUAUGCGAACGGUAAACGGCCGUCGCUUCCGCUGCUGUGA